GAAAGAAUGAACCGAAAACAUAACCAAUUUAAAGGAGCAGAAGUCAGUUGCUGCGUGAAAUACUUCCUAUUCGGAUUCAACAUUAUUUUCUGGCUUUUGGGAGCAGCAUUCCUUGCCAUAGGCCUGUGGGCAUGGGCGGAGAAGGGAGUGCUGUCCAAUCUGUCAUCCAUCACAGAUCUUGGAGGUUUCGACCCUGUUUGGCUCUUCAUUGUUGUCGGCGGGGUCAUGUUCGUCUUGGGCUUUGCUGGCUGCAUUGGAGCGCUACGGGAGAACACGCUCCUGCUUAAAUUUUUCUCCGUGUUCCUGGGUUUGAUCUUCUUCUUAGAGCUCACCGCGGGAAUCCUCGCCUUCGUCUUUAAGGAUUGGAUCAAAGACCAGCUCAACUUUUUCAUUAACAACAAUAUCAAGGCUUACCGAGAUGACAUCGACUUGCAAAACCUCAUUGAUUUCGCCCAGGGAUAUUGGUCAUGCUGCGGUGCUAACGGACCCAACGACUGGAACUUGAACAUGUACUUCAACUGCACUGACCAGAAUCCCAGUAGGGAGCGCUGUGGUGUCCCCUUUUCUUGCUGUGUCAAAGACCCUGUGGAAGGCGUCGUCAACAGGCAGUGUGGUUAUGAUGCUCGAAUAGAUUUAACGAUGCUGGAUCAACAUAAAACUAUCUAUACCAAAGGCUGUGUUGGACAGUUUGAAAAGUGGGUGCAGGACAACCUAAUUAUUGUUGCUAGCAGCUUUGUCGGGAUUGCACUUUUACAGAUUUUUGGAAUCUGCCUUGCUCAAAACCUUGUCAACGACAUCAAAGCUGUCAAAGCCAACUGGUGA